CGGCGUCAGUGAGGUGGACAUGACGCCAUUUUGACGUGACAGCGGUGCAACUAUCGGUGACAGAGAACUCUCUAGAAGCAUCGUUUUGAGUUGAAUUGACUGAAAAAGAGCUUCCUUUUAUAACAACCGACAAACCUGAGAGGAUGGGGAAUGUCUUUGCGAAUCUCUUUAAAAGCCUCUUCGGGAAGAAGGAGAUGAGGAUCCUGAUGGUGGGCCUGGACGCAGCCGGGAAAACCACCAUUCUCUACAAACUCAAGCUGGGCGAGAUCGUCACCACCAUCCCCACCAUUGGUUUUAAUGUCGAGACGGUGGAGUACAAGAACAUCAGUUUCACAGUGUGGGACGUGGGCGGUCAAGACAAAAUCAGACCCCUGUGGAGACACUACUUUCAGAACACACAAGGACUGAUCUUUGUAGUGGACAGCAACGACCGCGAGCGAGUAAACGAAGCGAGGGAGGAGCUGACGAGAAUGCUGGCGGAAGAUGAACUGCGUGAUGCCGUUCUCCUCGUUUUCGUGAACAAGCAGGACCUGCCCAAUGCAAUGAACGCAGCUGAGAUCACAGACAAGCUCGGGCUUCACGCGCUGCGCCAUCGCAACUGGUACAUCCAGGCCACGUGUGCUACGAGCGGAGACGGCCUGUACGAGGGUCUCGACUGGCUCUCCAACCAGCUGAAGAACCAGAAAUGAACCAUUCCACCCACCCUCAGAUCUGCGUGUGUGAGAGAGAGAAUGAGAGAGAGAGAGAGAGAGAUAUGUUGGCCUUGCCUAAACCUUGACUGAUCUCAGUAUAUUUUUAUCCCCACGUGUGUGUGUGUGUGUGUGAGAGAGAGAGAGAGAGAUAUGUUGGCCUUGCCUAAACCUUGACUGGUCUCAGUAUAUUUUUAUCCCCACGUGUGUGUGUGUGGAAGGAAGUGCCAUUUUACCAACUCAAGUGUGUUUGUGUGUUGGACACGAGUGCAUCAUUCAGCACAAACCCCAACGGUUCUCAAUAUUUUUGAGUCUUUCAUAAGGGUUUAGGCUUCGCUGCCUAAUGUGUGUGUGUGUGUGUGUAAACAUGUGAUUCUGAGUGCAAGUGUUUACUUAAAGUGUGUAUGAGAGAAAGAACGUGUGUCUGCUCAGACCAUAGAUAUACAUAUUACAACCCUGCGUUCACUCUAGCAAGCGACAGGCGGCCAUUUAUUAACACGCACGUACAUGACGCAGAGCCGCGAUUGGCACAAACGGUUCUUCGCGCCAAUCCUGUGUCACGUGUGAUGCGAAGAUUCUUCAUUUCUUUUAAUUUAUUUAUUCAGAUGCAAAGAUUCUUCAGUUCCCUACACACAACUUUUAAUUCGUACCCUAAAUCAGUUCCCAUUUACUGUGCAAAAAAAAUAAAUAUUUUCCUGUUGUAUUCAACGUGUCAUUAAACGUACGUAGCUAGGACAGUUAGCUUGCUUCGCUAAUCUGUUAAAUCAAACGAUAACAUUCAACACUGUUUAGCAUGUUUAUUUAAUUUUCGUGUGACUAGUUAGCUUUUGAAGCUGUUUAUAGCUACUACCGUUUUGUUUUGUAACCGUUUCUCUAAAAAAAAAAAAAUGCUGGUCAGGCCACACACACUGGCGUCCCCGGUAGCAUCGGUUACAUGCCCGCUAGAGACGAACUACAAUUUACUUGCAAGAGUGAACGCGGGGGUUAGAGGCGGAGACGGAUGAUGAUGUCACUCUGUACAGAACCACGCUCUAAAAGAAACGAUUGUCUAUGACGUAUAAUUUUUUUUACUUAUUCCUAAAAGAACGUAAAUGUUGAGGUUUGUUUGCUUGUUUUGUUGUUUGUUUUUCCUGCAGCAGAAUGUAAUUUGCUCGUUACGUGGCAUUUCAUGUGUUUCAUGUCUUAUUUAAUUGCUUUAACAACUGAAACGCGAGACGGAGAAUAGCUUGCGCACGUAUGGUUUAUGGUUAGCUAAGCCGCUUUUAUUCGUUCGCUACAAAUCAGCUUGUUGGAUUCGAUUAUUUAUUUGAUGAAGGUCAGUUAAGAUAAGCGAGUUAAGCUAUGGGGGGGGGGGGCGGUGUGAACAAAAAUCAGAUAUUGCUCUCCGAAGGACAAAAUAAUGUUCAAAAACAGACAAAUACGUACAAAGAAACAACAUACGAAGCGGUAGCUUCAGUAGCGUCAUCUCUAAUAUGUAUAUCUACGGCUUGGAUUGAGGACGGACCCGGCGUGCCUUUCACACACCUUUCCUUUGAAACAAUUCUUUCAUACGCACUCUCUCGUUGUUGUUGUUGUUGUUGUUGUUGUCCCCCCCCAUUCUCAAAUGUGGAUUUCAGGAUGCUUUUGCGACCUGCGUGGCGAUACUGCUCUUAACAUGGCCUCGCUGAACGGUUGAAAAGUUUCCAGAUGUGUAUAAGUGUAAAGAAGCGCAGUUUAAUAUUUAUAAAUAUUUUUACUUUAUGUUCGAGUGCUGUGUGUUACGAGGCCAAGUACUUCGUCUGUGUGUGAUCGCCGACCGCUAAGCCUGCUACUUGGCGUGCUAGAUAGCUAAUAAGUUACUUUGAAGACGUAUAUACUGUAGAAGAAGCGGACGAGGAAAUGUUCCUCAACAAUGUUUAAUCCAAAUGGUUUACUGGCUAUAUGAGCUGGUCACGUGACAGCUGCGUGUCAUAAAAGGGCGUGUUAAAAGCAGUACUGGAGAGCAGGAUUGUUUGUUUGGUUCCCUGCAAUAAGUCAUAAAAGUCCACCAAUAGUGUUCGAGGCAUGUUGAAUAUGAGCCAGGUGUUCUUUUCUAUAGAGCAUGCACUUUUAUUCUAUUUAAACAACGAAGAAAAUUCAGCCCUGGCGUGAGUUGCGGAGCAGGAACGGCAUUGUAACCUGUAUCAGGUUGGGAAGAUACUUUUUCCAUCCUCGAUUGUCCUUGUCAUCAUUUGAAAAUCACCUUUUUAUUUUUCCCCGCUCCCACCUCUCCUCUGAUUUCGCAGUUUUAGUUUUCAGUCCUGAACGGCUGUAGGAUAGAGAUGAGACAGAAGAGUGUGUCUGGGUUCUUGACUGUACACUACCUUUCAACCGAGCACAAUCACAGUACAUUCCCACAGAACUCCCUUGUACUUUUGGAUUUGAUUUAAAUUAAAUAAAUACAUUUUAAAAAACCUUCAA